CCCGUCGCCGGGAUGCAUUCUGGGCUUUGGCAAUAUGGCCGCCUCCUUGGUGAGCUUCUGAGGGGAGUUUGGCUCUUUGGAAACAUUGGUGAUUUUUCCUUUCCUCCCUGAACCCCGUUAUUUGGGGAUUUUGUACGCGAAGAGAAGCCACCAGCUGCCCGAGGUGGGUGGCGCGAUGGGCCGGACCGGGCUCCCGUGGCAGCAGCCGGAUAGAGAACAAGCACCCCCGCGGGGGUAGGACGUCCCCCACACCGGCCACUACAAGAUCUCGGAAAUAGGCCCAGGAAGGAGAGCCUUAACUAUCGCCUGAACCGGACUGUCCCGCAAGGGGUGGACUUGUUGGGGGGUGAGCUGUUUCCUUCUACGUCCUCGCCAAACAUCGGGGUAGCCACUCCUGGAACAAAGACGCUACCGGCCAAACUGUCCCUCUCCCGUAACCUCUAACCUUAGCACUCAGUAUUUUAGCUGAAACAGGAUUCCGACUCAACUUCGUAUAGUUCUGUCUUGAGGAGAGGACCAUGUUGCAAGGCUGGUCCUCGCCUUUUGUCACUAGUUUCUGCUGAGGCAAGGAACCUGCGUUAACAGUCUAUAUUUAAACGCAGAGCAGGAAUUGCCUGCCCAGAGAAAACUUCCUAUAUUUGUGCUAGCUUUCCCUCCAUAAACACAAUCUUUGAGACAGCCUGAACAGCACCUUCCGUUAGAAUCUGGUAUGUGCCUGUGCUGUAGAUUGAAAAGGGAUUUUUGCUCAGACUUACCCUUUGAAUAAGCCCACAUGGCCCACAGUCUCUGGGGCACAAGGUUUAUCCUAAACAAGAGUGCCAGCCCGCUCUGGUGUCACAGUUGCUUAAAGCUCUCUGUUAAUUAGCUGUGCUCGACUUUACUGGAUUUUGAAAUACAAGCUAUAUUUUGGAGACACUUCUAGCCCUUUCUGCUUAAAUUUGAUUCUGAACAAAUUGUUCCUGGUAUUCUUUCCACUAAAAUAGCUCUUAGUUUUGUUGUGGAUAAGGACCUGUUCCAAUAAAGACAGUUGUUUGGAACCACGUUGUGCUUUCCUCAAAUUGAGGUACAAUCAAUGUUUCUCUCUGUUCUUACUCGUAAAAAAGACAGAGAAAGGAUCCACAUGCACACCAGCGGUUUAUAGCUUCAUCUAGAGAGUGAUAAUCAAUUUCCUGCCAUACACUGCUAGUUAUUCCUUGUAUAGGGAUUACAAUACUCCCUGACUACCCAUUCUGAAUAAGAGUCCUCCAUCUGCUGAGCAGGAAGCAUUGGCAUACAUCUGGAACAGUAACACUCUCAUAAUAAACUCUGAACAGGGCUUUUUCCCAUAACACUUCAUCUGGAACAGGAACUGCCAGAAUCCUUUGCUUUCACAACUGUUCUCUACACGUUGUGUUAGAGUGGAGUUUUCUGAUCAUUCACUACCUUGGUUCUGUCUCCUGUGAUGGAGUCUGAGAUGCUACAGUCACCCCUUCUGGGGCUGGGGGAAGAAGAUGAGUCGGACAUGACUGACUGGAAUCUGCCCUUGGCUUUCAUGAAGAAGAGGCACUGUGAGAAAAUUGAGGGUUCCAAAUCACUGGCUCAAAGUUGGCGGAUGAAAGACCGGAUGAAGACAGUUAGCGUUGCCUUAGUACUGUGCCUAAAUGUUGGUGUUGACCCUCCUGAUGUGGUGAAGACGACUCCUUGUGCUCGCCUUGAGUGCUGGAUAGAUCCUUUGUCAAUGGGGCCACAGAAAGCUCUGGAAACAAUUGGUGCAAAUUUGCAGAAACAGUAUGAAAAUUGGCAACCAAGGGCCCGGUACAAGCAGAGCCUCGAUCCUACUGUAGAUGAAGUUAAGAAACUGUGUACCUCAUUGCGUCGAAAUGCCAAGGAAGAAAGAGUACUUUUUCAUUACAAUGGACAUGGUGUCCCCAGGCCAACAGUGAAUGGAGAAAUAUGGGUCUUCAACAAGAACUACACACAGUACAUCCCAUUAUCCAUAUAUGACCUACAGACUUGGAUGGGCAGUCCUUCCAUUUUUGUAUAUGAUUGCUCCAAUGCCGGCCUUAUUGUUAAAUCCUUCAAGCAGUUUGCCCUGCAGAGGGAGCAGGAGCUGGAGGUGGCUGCAAUUAACCCAAAUCAUCCCCUUGCUCAGAUGCCCUUGCCCCCUUCGAUGAAAAACUGCAUUCAGCUGGCAGCAUGUGAAGCCAGUGAGUUGCUACCAAUGAUCCCUGACUUACCAGCUGACCUGUUCACAUCCUGCCUUACUACACCAAUCAAGAUUGCACUGAGAUGGUUUUGCAUGCAGAAGAGUGUGAGACUGGUACCAGGAGUUACACUGGAUUUAAUAGAAAAAAUUCCUGGAAGGCUAAAUGACAGGAGAACGCCUCUGGGAGAACUGAAUUGGAUCUUUACAGCCAUCACAGACACAAUUGCAUGGAAUGUCCUACCCAGAGAUCUUUUCCAAAAACUCUUCCGGCAGGAUCUUCUUGUGGCAAGUCUGUUUCGUAACUUCCUAUUGGCAGAAAGGAUCAUGCGGUCUUACAACUGCACGCCUGUCAGCAGCCCUCGUCUACCUCCAACUUACAUGCAUGCCAUGUGGCAAGCUUGGGACCUCGCUGUGGAUAUUUGUCUAUCUCAGUUGCCUACCAUUAUAGAGGAAGGAACUGCUUUCAGGCACAGCCCAUUCUUUGCCGAACAACUAACAGCAUUCCAGGUGUGGCUGACAAUGGGAGUAGAAAACCGCAACCCUCCUGAACAGCUUCCCAUUGUAUUGCAGGUGCUUUUGAGCCAGGUGCAUCGGCUGCGAGCUCUUGAUUUGCUGGGCCGGUUUUUGGAUCUUGGUCCCUGGGCUGUUAGCUUGGCUUUGUCUGUUGGCAUCUUCCCCUAUGUGUUAAAACUCCUCCAGAGUUCUGCUCGAGAACUGAGACCUCUUCUUGUGUUCAUCUGGGCCAAAAUCCUUGCAGUGGACAGUUCAUGCCAAGCCGACCUUGUGAAGGACAACGGCCACAAAUAUUUCCUUUCUGUUUUGGCAGAUCCCUACAUGCCGGCUGAACACAGGACAAUGACAGCUUUCAUCUUGGCCGUGAUUGUCAACAACUACAAUACAGGGCAGGAAGCCUGUCUUCAAGGGAACUUGAUUGCCAUUUGCCUGGAGCAGCUGAAUGAUCCACAUCCUCUUUUGCGCCAGUGGGUGGCGAUUUGCUUGGGACGUAUCUGGCAGAAUUUUGACUCUGCCAGGUGGUGUGGUGUGAGAGAUAGUGCCCAUGAAAAGCUCUACAGUCUUCUGUCUGAUCCAAUCCCAGAGGUUCGCUGUGCUGCAGUCUUUGCCCUUGGCACUUUUGUAGGGAACUCAGCUGAGCGGACUGAUCAUUCUACCACCAUCGAUCACAAUGUUGCAAUGAUGCUGGCCCAGCUCAUCAAUGAUGGAAGCCCCAUGGUCCGAAAGGAACUGGUGGUGGCACUGAGUCACUUCGUAGUCCAGUAUGAAAGCAAUUUCUGCACUGUUGCCUUGCAGUUUAUGGAAGAAGAAAAGAACUAUGCACCGCCUUCUCCUGCUGCUCCAGAAGGUGGAAGUUUGACUCCAGUGCGGGACAGUCCAUGCACACCACGACUUCGUUCUGUCAGCUCCUAUGGGAAUAUCCGAGCAGUCACUACAGCAAGGAAUCUGAAUAAGUCUCUGCAGAAUCUCAGCUUGAAUGAAGAAACGGGAAGCUCUGUUGCAUUUUCUCCUGGGAAUUUGAGCACCAGUAGCAGUGCCAGCAGCACUUUGGGCAGCCCUGAGAAUGAAGAGUACAUCCUGUCUUUUGAGACCAUUGACAAGAUGAGAAGAGUCAGCUCCUACUCCUCACUGAAUUCACUAAUAGGUGUUUCUUUCAACAGUGUUUACACACAGAUUUGGAGAGUUCUCUUACAUUUGGCUGCUGAUCCCUAUCCAGAUGUUUCAGAUUUGGCCAUGAAAGUACUCAACAGCAUUGCUUACAAGGCAACUGUCAAUGCCCGCCCCCAGCGCAUCCUUGAUACCUCCUCCCUCACUCAGUCUGCCCCAGCCAGCCCUACCAACAAGGGCAUGCACAUACACCAAGUGGGAGGAUCACCACCAGCCACCAGCACAAGUAGCUCCAGUUUGACAAAUGAUGUGACAAAACAGCCUGUCAAUCGGGACAUCUCAUCUGUAAGACCUGCAAAUGUGGGCAGCAUGGGGAUGCAAUAUACUCCCCAUUCCCACCAAUUUCCCAGAACAAGGAAAAUGUUUGACAAGGGCCCAGAUCAGACAGCAGAUGAUGCUGAUGACACUGUGGGACAUAAGAACUUCAUGUCGGCCACAAUGCAGACAGGGUUUUGUGACUGGAGUGCCAAGUAUUUUGCCCAGCCAGUGAUGAAGAUUCCAGAAGAACAUGACUUAGAGAGCCAGGUCCGCAAAGAGAGGGAGUGGCGGUUUUUACGGAAUGCUCGAGUUCGAAAGCAAGCACAGAAAAUAAUCCAAAAAGGCAUUUCAAAACUCGAUGAUCAAAUCUUUCUGAACAGGAAUCCUGGCAUGCCCUCCGUAGUCAAGUUUCACCCAUUCACUCCAUGCAUAGCAGUAGCUGACAAAGACAGCAUCUGUUUUUGGGAUUGGGAAAAGGGGGAGAAACUGGAUUAUUUCCACAAUGGAAACCCACGGUAUACCAGGAUCACUGCCAUGGAGUAUUUGAAUGGACAAGACUGUUCUCUACUUUUAACUGCUACAGAUGACGGUGCUAUAAGGGUGUGGAAAAACUUCGCUGAUCUGGAGAAGAAUCCCGAGAUGGUAACUGCCUGGCAGGGCUUAUCUGACAUGCUGCCAACAACACGUGGUCUGGCCCGAAGGGUUUCAAUCUAUCUUGACAGAAGUAAACAGGGAGGCGCAGGGAUGGUGGUGGACUGGGAACAAGAGACUGGGCUCCUCAUGACUUCUGGAGAUGUGCGGAUUAUCCGAAUUUGGGACACAGACAGAGAAAUGAAAGUACAGGAUAUUCCAACAGGAGCUGACAGCUGUGUCACCAGUCUGUCCUGUGAUUCUCACCGCUCACUCAUUGUAGCAGGUCUAGGCGAUGGUUCUGUCCGUGUUUAUGACAGGCGGAUGGCUCUCAGUGAAUGCCGUGUCAUGACCUAUCGAGAGCACACAGCCUGGGUGGUAAAAGCAUAUUUGCAGAAACAUCCUGAAGGCAACAUCAUGACUGUCAGUGUCAAUGGAGAUGUCCGUUUCUUCGACCCCAGAAUGCCAGAAUCAGUGAAGGUCCUUCAGAUAGUCAAGGGACUGACAGCUCUCGAUAUUCACCCACAAGCCAACCUGUUUGCAUGUGGCUCUAUGAAUCAAUUUACCGCAAUCUACAAUGGGAAUGGUGAACUGAUCAACAAUAUCAAGUACUACGAUGGAUUUAUGGGGCAGAGAGUGGGUGCCAUCAGCUGUUUAGCUUUCCAUCCACACUGGCCCCACCUGGCAGUUGGAAGCAAUGACUACUACAUCUCAGUGUACUCUGUUGAGAAGCGAAUCAGAUAACAGUGUGUGGCUGCUGUGUCAGAGCAGGACAUCUUCUGGCAGGCGGGACCAUAUCUCACUCACGAUGUACAUAGUGAAACUAUCGACUUGAAUGUUUAGUGUUGGCUGCUGCUGCUGUGCAACCCCUUUAACCUGAACACUUAUCUUCUCCUGAUUUUAGCUACUGAUGAUUUUUUGAGUCUGAGGGGAGGGAAAGAAACUAUCACCUGUCUUUCAUCACAGCCAGAACUUCCAGGAGCUACAGAAAAGGAGCAAUUUAUACUUUGAGUGGGAUCAACCUUCUUCCACACGGCUACUUCUCUGGUUCUUUGAAAACAUGGCUGACUCCUGUGAACUCAUUGAGACCGUUUCUGCCUGGAAGAUGGGUGGUUUUUCUUUAAGAAAAGAAUGAAUUCAGAACUUGACUACCGUUCCACAUAGUUUACCUGGAACCUCUGUGGCUGCUAUCUAUCUCAUGCCAAGCACUAGCCCUGGCAUUCAUAUGCCACUGGGCUUCCUGGUCUUGGAUAGUCUGUGUAUCUUUCUACUCAGUGUGCCACUAGCCACCUUUCCUCUCAUUCACAGUCCCACUGGAAAUAGACAAAGGGAAUUAGUGGGAAUCCUAAGGAAGAAAAAAAUCUUGAUGCUGCAGGAAAUAUGGCAGGGUCGACUGCCACUAUGGGAGGGGAAGGCAGAUAUCUACCCCCACUUCUUUGGUGCCCAUAGGGAAACCAGUGUGAUGCAUUUUUUGUUGCAACAGUGCAUGUGACAGGACAAGAGACCUUCCUCUCUUACGUCCACUUGAUUCUUAAGUUGCUCUAGCCACCCUCUGCUCCUUUUGCCCACAGCAAAACCCCAUGAGCACAAGAAACAGCCUGCUACCUCUGCAUAGACAGCAAGGAGUUCGCUGAUCAUUGUACCACUGCCUUAAACCUCUCCCACCCAUCCGUGAAUGCUUUCCUUUUGCAGAAGUGCUAUUAUUCAGCUUGGUAAUGGAUGCAGAUACUUGCACACCCAUGAAGAUCAGGCCUGUGCCAGGUGUCCCUCCCUCCUCUUCUCUGGGCAUUUGCACCAAGGCUGUACAGAAGGGCAGCUGUAUAUACUUGCCCUACCUGUAUAUGUGCUUGCAUGCAUGUAUGCUGGCUGCAAGAUAAUUACUGCUAUUCUUCUCUUUAGAGAAUGUUGGUUUCAUCUUGCACACCAUCCUUAUCCCAUAUAACGACAAUUCCAAUCUCUUCAGAAGCCCAAGGGAAGAGACUCCCAAGAAAAGAACUGCACGAGUAGCAUACGGCACAAAGACAAGAAGGCCUCGUAUCACAUGGCACCAGGGCCGCCAUAGAAACCGUGCAGCUGUCAAGGCAGUGGCUACACUACCAGUUUUCUACAAAGUUGCUGAGAGUCAUGGAAGUUUAGUCUUAUCAAUAAUGUUGUUGAUUAUGAUAACAUUAAGCGUAGAGAACCAUCCUGUUAAUCUUUCAUUAUGGAUGUCAGCUUUGCCAUGCUUGCAAAAUCCUUCUCCUGGCUCUCCCAAACAAAGCCUGUUGUGUAUUAUGUUUUUUGUACGCUGCCAGACACCAUGCAGAAUAUUGGUCGGAAACCAAGGAAGAUUGGUUGCAUGGCUUGAAACUUGCUUUGCAGCCCACCAAAGUUAAAUUAUGGGAAUAAACAGGAGAUGAUGCGACACACCUGUCUGCUGACUAUGAUGUCAGUUGUAUGGGACAUGCAGUCUUUGGCCCCCAUUGCCAUGCUGGUCCUCUGUAGUAAGUGGCAAUGAACUCAGGGAAGGACAGAAAGAUGAUGAAUUUUGCUAAAAAGCAUCAAGCCAGAUUCUGGAAUCCAUGUAUUAACUGACUUAACCAACAUAAGUUUUAAAAGAACAGAAUAUUAUUUUUUUUUUGUAUCCUGUAUCCAGUGUGUUUGUUUCAAGAACAAGAUCCCCCGUGCUUCCUCUCAGCUUGAGCAGCCAGAACCAUGGUUGUGGUAUAUUUUUUUUAAAAAAAGAAAAACUAAUGCCAGACGGUCAGCUUUCAUCAAGCGUGUGUAUAUGUGGGCUGUGCUUUUUCACAGGUCUGAUGUGGAGUUCCAAUCAUGAAGUUUAACCAAGUCUCCAGAAUGCAUCCUACCUACACAGUUCACUUCUCUCUAUUUAUUUUCCCCCAAAAAAAUUAAAAGGAAAACUACAUACAUUUAAUAAUAAACCACCACAAGAUUGUAAUGUGAGAGUAAAACAAUUGAUGAGAAAAUGGUUAAUAAAAUGUAAAUGCCGAAAUCA